AUGGCGGAACCAACUAUACUAUCCCUUUUGCACAGAUUGGCCCAAAGGUUGGACCGUGACCCUGGAACGCCAGUCGAGAAGCCUACCGAGGCCUUCUGGCAAGAGCCUCGUCAUUCUUUUGCCGACCAACAAUCAGGGGCGUUACCCAAGGAAUCCGAUGUCGUUAUCAUCGGUUCUGGUAUUGCUGGUAUAAGCAUCGCACAGCAUUUACUCCGCUUGCAGCCCUCACAGUACAUUACUAUGCUUGAGGCCAGGUCGGCAAUAUCGGGAGCAACAGGCCGGAAUGGUGGGCAUAUCAAAGCCGUUCCAUGGGCCGACUAUUACGCUCUCAAGCAAGUGCUCGGUAAAGAAAGCGCAAUGAAGAUCACGAAAUUCCGGCUUGCCCAUCUGGAUGCUUUUGUCAACGAAGCCACUGCACUUGGUGAAGCCGGCAAAGUUGGCUUGGUGCGACGGGUGGAGGGAAUAAGCGCGGUUUUCGACAAAGAAAGUUGGGAGUCGGCAAAGGUCAAGCUGGAAGCAUGGCUUGAAGACUUUCCAGAACAUCGUGAGAAUUGGAGUGUGCAUGAGGGAGAUGAGGAGCUCAAGACAUUUGGCAUUGUCAAUGCCUACGGGUGCAUAAAAGGCCCUUCGGGAGCAGCAUGGCCCUAUCGGUUUCUUGGUUGUGUACUGUCAAAGCUGCUUGCGACUGGCCAGGUGAGCCUCGAAACGCACACUAUUGCAGAAGAAGUUCGACGGAGUCAAUUCCAAAAUCACCCUUAUGAGGUGCGCACAUCACGCGGCAUCAUAUCAGCAAAGCACGUCAUUCACUGCACAAAUGCGUACGCUGCGCAUCUGCUCCCCUACCUGAAAGGCAAACUCUGGCCCCUCAGAGGGCAGAUGACCGUUCAGUCGGUACCUGCCGAGUUUCCACGAUUUGGAGCUUCGAGAUCCUGGAGCACAAUCUGGGCAACAGGUUUUGACUACAUUACUCAAUCUCCUGGCGAAGAUGGCUCUUUAUACCUCGGAGGAGGGCUUCUCCAAGGUGGCCCGGAAAGAGAUGAAGACUUUGGAAACGCCGACGACGGCCAGCUGAGUGCGCAAUGCCUAGAGCAUCUAGAGACAGUUCCGUCGAGAGCGUUCGCCCACGGGUCAGGGGUAAAGAUAGAUAAGAAAUGGACGGGGAUCAUGGGAUUCACGGGAGAUGGGUUGCCUCUAGUUGACCGCGUUCGAGAAUUCAUGUCUGGCCGCCCAGACUGUAGUCCCCAAAAUGGUGGUGAGUGGAUCGCGGCAGGAUGGGAUGGAUACGGCAUGGUUCACUGCUGGCUCGCUGGCAAGGCUCUCGCACAUAUUGUAAUGGGACGCGAGGACGAAGUUUUUGAGUGGUUUCCGAGAGAAGAGUUUGGAUGCGGCAAGGAGAGGCUCGACAAGAUGAGCCCCGAAGGUGCUCUCAAACGGUUUCUUGGGCUGCUGGAGACAUAG